GAGGCUCGCAACCCAUCGCAAUAACAAUAGAAGCCCUCCUCGUUCUCAACUCCGCCGCCUUCGCGGAUCACUGCAACCGAUCUGUUGGAUCGAUCGAUCCAUUCAAUAGAUCGAAGGAGAGGGACAGGGAGGAAUCGGAGGUGCUUCGCGAUUGCUGUUGUCGUGAUCGGGGAAGGGAGGAUGACGGAGUCUGUGGUGCGGAAGAAGCCGGGAAUGGCUAGCGUAAGGGAGAUGCCCGUCCUCCAGGACGGGCCGCCGCCGGGCGGGUUUCUGCCCGUCAGGUACGCCCGCCGCAUCCCUAGUAAAGGCCCCAGCGCCGUUGCUAUCUUUCUCGCUGCUGUUGGUGCCUUCUCCUGGGGCAUGUACCAAGUCGGCCAGGGCAACCGCGUCCGCCGUGCGCUUAAGGAAGAGAAAUAUGCCGCCCGCAGAGCCAUACUGCCAAUGCUACAAGCUGAAGAAGAUGAAAGGUUUGUCAAAGAAUGGAAUAAAUAUCUGGAAGAGGAGGCCAGGAUCAUGAAAGAUGUUCCUGGAUGGAAGGUAGGAGAGAGUGUGUACAACUCCGGAAAGUGGGUGCCUCCAUCAACUGGUGAGCUGCGACCUGACGUCUGGUGAUGGUUGAUGUCUACCUGCCAUAAAUUUAUUGAAGUUUGGGUGCUUAUGAACACCUUAGAAACUUUGCUCUUCAUCUGGCACUCAAUCUUGUCUAUUUAUUUUCUGUUCAUCCGCGGAAGAAUGACUGAUACUACUUCCUAGCUUUCUUUCGAACUAGUGUCUUUGAGUUGACAUCUUGGUAUGUCAAACCAAAUGAAUAAGAUGAUGGGUCUUGAAAGCUAUCGAAGCAACCUUUUUUCCUGUUUAUUCUAUUUGAAUUGUGACAUGAUAAUUCGAAUAUGGAAUUGUUGGUUGUUGAAGCAAUGCAG